UUGCAGGGAGAGCCGGGGCCGCGGAUUGGCUCGCUGCGCACCAAUGGGCGCUCGGGGGCGGUCCCGGCUGUCAGCGCGCGCCGCAGCCACCGCGCCGGUCGCAGCCCGCUCUCUCCCGCGCCGAGCCCGCAGCCCUCGCUGCCUCGGCGGAAAGCAGCGCGGCGGUCGCUCGCGAGCACAGCCCUGCCCAGCCCGCUGCCCAGCCCAGCCCGCGGCCACGGCCUCGCUGCGCUAGAGCGCACGGAGCAUGUGCAGAUCCGCAGGCGCUGCGGUGCUACAAGGAGCUCCCGGGCGGCGGUGACAGACUGUCACGCCAAGACAGACCUUUCCCGGACUCUCGCCGCGCCUCUACUGCAUCGCGGGUGACACUGCGGUACUCGCGACCCCCGUGGCCGACGCCUCUCGGGAGAGACGUCUCGGGCCCCGUGCGCGCUCCCUCCGUCGCUCUUGCCUGGCCUCGCCCGCUCACAACUGCAGCUGCCAGAGCGCGACGCCCGCGUCCCUGCGCCUCAGCCGGUUCCAAGCCCGCCUCCUCACUUCGGAGAUGCAGUGACAAGUUGUAGUACUAUGGGCAUCCGAACCUCGGCUCCCCCGGAGGAAAAUUACCCGAGGCAGCGCUCCCUGAACGCCCAGAGUUCCUGAGCAGGCCAGCCCGGAGAGCCAGCUGCAGCAUCCGUCCAGGUGGGGCUCGUCGAGCAUCCCCGCACGCCUGAUCGCUCCGACCUCCCCGCCUCGGGGUUCUCUUUUUCCUCUCCCUUGGUGGGCGCCUCGCGGGCCGAGGCCCGGCGCCUGCUCUGCUGCCCGCGCUGCCGUUAGCGGUUGCCCCCGCCGCCGCUGCCAGGGACGUGCUGGGAAAGCCGAAGCCCCGGGAGAAGAUGCCGGCCAUCCUGGUAGCCUCCAAGAUGAAGUCGGGACUGCCCAAACCCGUGCACAGUGCCGCGCCCAUCCUCCACGUGCCCCCGGCCCGGGCUGGAUCCCAGCCUUGCUAUCUUAAGUUGGGGAGCAAGGUGGAGGUGAGCAAGACCACCUACCCCAGCCAGAUACCCCUGAAGUCGCAGGGGCUGCAAGAGCAGGCCGGGGAGGUGCUCCCGCUACGAAAGAGCGGCUCGGUGGAAAACGGGUUCGAUACCCAGAUCUACACAGACUGGGCCAAUCACUAUCUAGCCAAAUCCGGCCACAAACGUCUCAUCAAGGAUCUCCAGCAAGAUGUGACCGACGGCGUCCUCCUGGCCCAGAUCAUCCAGGUCGUGGCAAAUGAAAAGAUUGAGGACAUCAAUGGCUGCCCGAAGAACCGAUCACAAAUGAUUGAAAACAUAGAUGCCUGCUUGAAUUUCCUGGCAGCUAAGGGAAUCAACAUCCAGGGGCUGUCUGCAGAAGAAAUCAGGAAUGGAAACCUCAAGGCCAUCCUAGGCCUCUUCUUCAGUCUCUCCCGAUACAAGCAGCAGCAGCAGCAGCCCCAGAAGCAGCACCUCGCCUCCUCCGGGCCACCUGCCGGGUGUCCGGCGGCCGGGGCUCCAUCCCAGUGCCAGGCUGGCACCACUCAGCAACAGGUGUCGGCCACUCCCCAAGCCCUGUGCCAGCCUCACCAGCCAGCGCCUCACCAGCCAUCAAAAUCACAAGCUGAGAUGCAGUCCAGUGCAUCACCCAAGGACUCAUCUCAAAGCAAAAUCAUCCGCUUCACUCUGGGUCAGAAAAAGAUCUCUAGACUUCCGGGUCCUACGGCAAGGGUAUCUGCUGCAGGCAGUGAGGCCAAAACACGUGGAGGGUCAGCCACUGCCAACAACCGGCGCAGCCAGAGCUUUAACAACUAUGACAAGUCCAAACCGGUCACCUCACCACCCCCACCGCAAGCACCAAAUAGCCAUGAAAAAGAACCACUUACAAGCUCGGCCUCCCCCCACCCCGGCAUGAGCGAACAUGUACCGGGUCCCUUGGACCUCGCCGGCGCCCCAGCACCCGCUAACGGCAGCGCCUCCUCCGCCAUCCCGCAGCCCGCCGCUGCCGCCUCCAAGCCCUGGCGCAGCAAGUCGCUCAGCGUGAAGCACAGCGCCACCGCUGCCAUGCUGUCCGUCAAGCCUGCCGGACCCGAGCCCCCCAGACCCACGCCCGAGGCCGUGAAGCCUGCUCCCAACAACCAGAAGUCCAUGCUGGAAAAGCUGAAACUUUUCAACAGUAAAGGGGGCUCCAAAGCGGGCGAGGGCCCGGGGUCCCGGGAUGCGAGCUGUGAGCGGCUGGAGAUCCUGCCCAGCUUCGAGGAGAACGAGGAGCUGGAGCCCGCGGGCCGCACCCCGGCCACGUCGGGCCCCGCGUCCAGCAGCCCCAAGAUCGCACUCAAGGGCAUCGCCCAGCGGACUUUUAGCCGGGCCCUGACCAACAAGAAGAGCUCCCCCAAAGGCAACGAGAAAGAAAAGGAAAAGCUGCAGCGAGAGAAGGAGAAAGGCAAGGACCUCGCCAAGAGAGCUUCGGGGACUGAGAGACCGGACCUCAAGGAGGAGCCCAAGGAAGAAGCCAGCGGCCUUGCAGUGACUGAGAUGCCAAAAAAGUCCUCCAAGAUCGGCAGUUUCAUCCCCAAAGGGGGGAAGCUGAGCAGUGCGAAGAAGGAGCCCACCGCCCCUCCCCACAGUGGAAUACCAAAACCCGGGAUGAAGAGCACACCCGGGAAGUCCCCAAGCGCCCCCGUGCCUCCCAAGGAUGGGGAGCGGGGCCGGAGUGCGAAGUUGAGCUCAGGGGUCCCACCACAGAAGGCCCAGCUCGAUGGCCGCCACUCCAGCUCCUCCUCCAGCCUGGCAUCCUCCGAGGGCAAGGCCCCCAGCGGGACCACUCUGAACCAUAGCAUUAGCAGCCAGACAGUGAGCGGGUCCGUCGGGAGCCCCCAGACCACAGGGACCAAUACUGCCAGUGUUCAGCUACCUCAGCCUCAGCAGCAAUACAGCCACCCCAACACUGCCACGGUCGCACCCUUCCUGUACAGGUCCCAGACAGACACUGAAGGGAACGUCACUGCCGAGUCCAGCCCUGCGGGGGUGAGUGUGGAGCCCGGCCACUAUACCAAGAGCGGACAGCCUGCCCUGGAGGAGCGUGUGGGGGAAGACCCCGAGGCCCGGCGGCUGCGGACAGUGAAGAACAUCGCUGACCUGCGGCAGAACCUGGAGGAGACCAUGUCCAGCCUACGGGGAACUCAGGUCACACACAGCACAUUGGAAACCACGUUUGACACCAAUGUUACCACGGAGAUAAGCGGCCGCAGCAUCCUCAGCUUGACGGGGAGACCCACUCCUUUGUCCUGGAGACUCGGCCAGUCCAGCCCUCGGCUGCAGGCGGGAGACGCCCCCUCCAUGGGCAACGGGUACCCGCCUCGAGCCAAUGCCAGCCGGUUUAUCAGUGCCGAGUCAGGCCGCUACGUGUACCCGGCGCCUCUACGGAGGCAGCUGGCCUCCCGGGGCAGCAGUGUCUGCCAUGUGGAUGUCUCAGACAAGGCAGGGGAGGAGGCGGACCUGGAGGGCAUCAGCAUGGACGCGCCCGGCUACAUGAGCGACGGGGACGUUCUGAGCAAGAACAUCCGGGCUGAUGACAUCACGAGCGGGUACAUGACCGACGGGGGACUCGGCCUCUACACGCGUCGCCUGAACCGGCUCCCGGACGGGAUGGCCGUGGUGCGUGAGACCCUGCAGCGAAACACCUCCCUGGGCCUUGGCGACGCUGACAGCUGGGACGACAGCAGCUCCGUCAGCAGUGGCAUCAGUGACACCAUAGACAACCUCAGCACGGAUGACAUCAACACCAGCUCCUCCAUCAGCUCCUACGCCAACACACCUGCCUCCUCUCGCAAGAACCUGGACGUGCAAACGGAUGCUGAGAAGCACUCGCAGGUGGAGAGGAAUUCCCUGUGGUCUGGUGAUGACGUCAAGAAAUCUGACGGAGGCUCCGACAGCGGCGUAAGGAUGGAGCCAGGGGCCAAGUGGAGGCGGAAUCCCUCAGACGUGUCAGAUGAGUCAGACAAGAGUACGUCGGGCAAGAAGACCACCGUCAUCUCGCAGACCGGCUCGUGGCGGCGGGGCAUGACUGCACAGGUGGGCAUCACCGUGCCCCGGACGAAGCCCUCUGCCCCAGCAAGCGCACUGAAGACCCCGGGAACUGGAAAAACAGAUGAUGCCAAGGUGUCAGAGAAGGGAAGGCUUUCUCCCAAAGCCUCCCAGGUGAAGCGUUCCCCGUCUGACGCAGGCCGCAGCAGUGGUGACGAAUCCAAAAAGCCCCUCCCCACCAGCUCCAGGACGACCCCCACUGCCAAUGCCAACAGUUUUGGGUUCAAGAAACAAAGUGGCUCUGUGGCCGGGCUGGCCAUGAUCACAGCCAGUGGGGCCACUGUCACCAGCAGAUCAGCCACACUGGGCAAGAUCCCAAAGUCAUCUGCGCUUGUGGGUCGGUCCGGCAGUCGGAAAACCAGCAUGGAUGGAACUCAGAAUCAGGAUGAUGGGUAUCUGUCUCUCAGCUCCAGGACAAACUUGCAGUACCGGAGUUUGCCAAGGCCCAGUAAGUCCAACAGCCGGAAUGGCGCUGGGAAUAGAUCUAGCACCAGCAGUAUCGAUUCUAACAUCAGCAGCAAGUCAGCAGGCCUGCCCAUGCCCAAGCUGAGGGAGCCUUCAAAAACGGCCCUGGGCAGCUCUCUGCCAGGCCUGGUCAACCAGACAGAUAAGGAGAAAGGCAUCUCGUCAGACAAUGAGAGUGUGGCUUCCUGUAACUCUGUGAAGGUGAACCCAGCUGCCCAGCCUGUGCUGAGCUCAGCCCAGGCCACCCUCCAGCCUGGGGCCAAGUACCCGGAUGUGGCCUCCCCCACACUGCGCAGACUCUUCGGUGGGAAACCCACCAAGCAAGCGCCCAUCACCACCCCUGAAAACAUGAAAACGUCAGUGGUCAUCUCCAACCCUCAUGCCACCAUGACCCAGCAAGGUAACUUGGACUCCCCGUCAGGCAGUGGCGUCCUGAGCAGUGGGAGCAGCAGCCCUCUCUACAGUAAGAACGCGGACCUCAACCCAUCUCCUCUAGCCUCCAGCCCCAGCUCAGCCCACUCAGGCCCCUCCAACAGCCUCACAUGGGGCACCACAGCCAGCAGCUCCUCAGCGGUCAGCAAGGACGGCCUGGGCUUCCAGUCAGUCAGCAGCCUGCACACCAGCUGCGAGUCCAUUGACAUCUCCCUCGGGAGUGGUGGCGGGCUGAGCCACAACUCCUCCACCGGCCUCCUUGUCUCCUCCAAGGACGACUCCCUGACACCCUUUGUGCGAACCAACAGUGUGAAGACUACGCUGUCAGAAAGCCCUCUCUCUUCCCCUGCCGCUAGCCCUAAGUUCUGCAGAAGUACUCUGCCCAGGAAGCAGGACAGUGACCCGCACCUUGAUAGGAACACUUUGCCUAAGAAAGGACUCAGGUACACCCCCACCUCCCAGCUGCGCACGCAGGAAGAUGCGAAAGAAUGGUUAAGGUCCCACUCCGCAGGAGGCCUCCAGGACACCGCAGCCAACUCCCCCUUUUCCUCUGGCUCCAGCGUGACUUCUCCUUCUGGGACGAGAUUCAACUUUUCCCAGCUUGCGAGUCCCACCACGGUCACCCAGAUGAGCUUGUCCAACCCAACCAUGCUGCGGACGCACAGCCUUUCCAAUGCGGAUGGGCAGUACGACCCGUAUACUGACAGCCGCUUCCGGAACAGCUCCAUGUCCCUGGAUGAGAAGAGCAGAACCAUGAGCCGUUCGGGCUCCUUCCGGGAUGGCUUUGAAGAAGUUCACGGAUCAUCACUGUCCUUGGUCUCCAGCACGUCGUCCAUUUAUUCUACACCAGAAGAAAAGUGCCAGUCGGAGAUCCGCAAGUUGCGACGGGAACUGGAUGCUUCCCAGGAGAAGGUCUCGGCACUGACCACGCAGCUGACAGCAAACGCCCACCUCGUGGCAGCCUUUGAGCAGAGUCUUGGAAACAUGACCAUCAGGCUCCAGAGUCUGACCAUGACGGCCGAGCAGAAGGAUUCAGAGCUGAACGAGUUAAGAAAGACCAUCGAGCUGCUAAAGAAGCAGAACGCAGCUGCCCAGGCUGCCAUUAAUGGAGUGAUUAACACCCCUGAGCUCAACUGCAAAGGAAACGGCUCCUCGCAGGCCACAGACCUCCGCAUCCGCAGGCAGCACUCUUCCGACAGUGUCUCCAGCAUCAACAGUGCCACCAGCCACUCCAGCGUGGGCAGCAACAUUGAGAGUGACUCCAAGAAAAAGAAGAGGAAGAACUGGGUCAAUGAGUUGCGCAGCUCCUUCAAGCAAGCUUUUGGGAAGAAGAAGUCCCCGAAGUCGGCAUCCUCUCAUUCGGACAUCGAGGAGAUGACGGAUUCUUCUUUGCCUUCUUCACCAAAGUUACCACACAACGGGUCCACGGGGUCCACGGGGUCCACACCUCUGCUGAGGAACUCAUACUCCAACUCUCUAAUCUCAGAGUGCAUGGAUAGUGAGGCUGAGACCGUCAUGCAGCUCCGGAAUGAGCUGAGAGACAAGGAGAUGAAGCUGACGGACAUCCGCCUGGAAGCCCUCAGCUCCGCCCACCAGCUGGACCAGCUCCGGGAGGCCAUGAACAGGAUGCAGAGUGAAAUAGAGAAGCUGAAAGCUGAGAAUGACCGGCUGAAGUCAGAGUCUCAGGGCAGUGGCUGCAGCCGGGCGCCCUCCCAGGUGUCCAUCUCCGCAUCCCCCCGGCAGUCGCUGGGCCUCUCCCAGCCCAGCCUAAACCUUACCGAGUCGACCAGCCUGGACAUGUUGCUGGAUGGCACUGGUGAAUGCGCGGCUCGGAAGGAAGGAGGCAGGCAUGUUAAGAUAGUUGUCAGCUUUCAGGAGGAAAUGAAGUGGAAGGAGGAAUACAUCAUUCACGUGGAUCCCGCGAGUCAGCUAGGGCUGAAUUCGGACAGCGUCCUGGGCUACAGCAUCGGGGAAAUCAGGCGAAGCAACGGCUCUGAGACCCCCGAGCUCCUGCCAUGCGGCUACCUGGUGGGCGAGAACACCACCAUCUCUGUGAGCCUCAAAGGACUCGCAGAAAACAGCCUGGACUCGCUGGUGUUCGAGUCCUUGAUCCCCAAGCCCAUCCUGCAGCGCUACGUGUCCCUGCUGGUGGAGCACCGGAGGAUUAUCCUAUCUGGCCCCAGCGGCACUGGCAAAACCUACCUGGCCAACCGGCUGUCAGAAUACGUGGUGCUUCGGGAGGGGCGGGAACUGACAGACGGGACCAUCGCCACCUUCAACGUGGACCAUAAAUCCAGCAAGGAGCUGCGCCAGUACCUGUCCAACCUCGCCGACCAGUGCAACAGUGAGAACAAUGCAGUAGACAUGCCCCUGGUCAUCAUCCUGGACAACCUGCACCACGUCAGCUCCCUGGGUGAGAUCUUCAACGGGCUGCUCAACUGCAAGUACCACAAAUGCCCUUACAUCAUCGGCACCAUGAACCAGGCUACCUCUUCUACCCCCAACCUGCAGCUUCAUCAUAACUUCAGGUGGGUGCUCUGCGCCAACCACACUGAGCCUGUGAAAGGUUUCCUGGGCCGGUUCCUGAGGAGGAAGCUAAUGGAGACAGAGAUCAGUGGGCGGGUGCGGAACAUGGAGCUGGUGAAGAUCAUCGACUGGAUCCCCAAAGUCUGGCACCACCUCAACCGCUUCCUGGAGGCCCACAGCUCCUCUGACGUCACCAUCGGCCCCCGGCUGUUCCUGUCAUGCCCCAUCGAUGUGGACGGCUCGAGAGUGUGGUUCACAGACUUGUGGAACUACUCCAUCAUCCCCUAUCUCCUGGAAGCUGUCAGAGAAGGACUCCAGCUGUACGGACGGCGUGCGCCCUGGGAGGAUCCGGCCAAGUGGGUGAUGGACACAUACCCCUGGGUGGCCAGCCCCCAGCAGCAUGAGUGGCCCCCACUGCUGCAGCUUCGGCCUGAGGAUGUUGGUUUCGAUGGCUAUGCCCUGCCACGGGAGGGCUCCGCCAGCAAACAAGUGCCCCCCAGCGACGCUGAAGGAGACCCGCUGAUGAACAUGCUGAUGCGGCUGCAGGAGGCUGCCAACUACUCCAGCCCGCAGAGCUACGACAGCGACUCCAACAGCAACAGCCACCACGACGACAUCCUGGACUCCUCCCUGGAGUCCACUCUGUGACAGAGGUCCGGCCCUGGGGCCUGCCCGCCACCUCCGCUCCUCACCCGGUCCAUCGCGCCCUCUGCAUCGACGACUUCCUGAGCCAGCCGGCUGCGUGCAGCCUGUGAGCCGCAGAAGCACCGCGUCCUCCGCCCCUCAUCAGCUGCCGCCCUCCGGGGCCGGCCUGCUCCCACAGUGACGACUGCACUGUCUCCUGUCGGACCUCCCUCCUCGUUUGGCCUUGUUGCUGUGACCUCCACAGACACGCGGAACAUACUUCUCGGGAAAGGAUCGUUGCCGUUGAAGAUGAAAAUCACUGACAGAGAACGCACUGGAAGCUCUCAAAGCAGACGCCAUCCUGCCCGGAGCUGCCCAGGGACAGAAGAGACAGGACCGGAGUGGGUGCUGCUGACAGCGCUGAGCCGCCCGACCUCCCCUGGCCCGGCACAGACCUGGUGCUAGCAGGGCGCUGGUUGUGGCCACCCUCCCUGUGCUGCAGAGCUCCGGCCGGGCAGUCUGAGAUGAAAACGUACCUUGCUUUUCUGUUUCUUACACGGCGCUCUCCUUCCCCGAGGGGUGUCUUGUCAGUUCUCCUUCGGCCCCUAUUGCGGGCCCCCAGCCCUGGGUGAGCCUCUCGGGGGCAUGCCUGAGUCAGAAUGUGAGCGAGCGCGCUGGCGUGGCUGUCUGUGCAGAACCGCAUGUGUCUGUCCCCUUUAUUAUUGUCUCCUUGAAUCAGGUCGCUUUGUAUUUUAUUUCUCUGCAAACACUGUGUAUAUUGCGAAGCGUUCUACCCUGGAGAAUGGUUGCCCUUGGCGAUGUGAGGUUGAGUGUGUGUCUCCCUUCCGGGCUCAUUGGCUUUUAAAGAUGUUUCUCCUUCCGCGCUUGCUGAGAAUCGAUCCUUUGGUGAGGGUUAGAGCUGCAGGACUUGAGUUUUGGUUUGGUUGGGCCUGCUCUGUUUUGGCUUUGAGUUGUCCAUCUUCACUGUUCUACACACUCGCCUCCUCCGGCCGGGGCAGGCAGCUCAUGUCCUUGUAGGUGGCUGAGGACUAUGGGGUCCUCCUCUCCUCCUGGGGAGUCCAGAACCUUGCCUUUCCUGCACUCCUCCAGGGUCGAAGUCACUCUUCGGGCACCCCAGCCCCAACUCAGGGUGGGCGGUGAGGACACCUCGCAGAAGACUUGCACUUUUCCUCACGACCAGCGCAGCUCAGCUCAGUGGGAGGGGCGCGGCCACCCCCUCCCGGAUGCCCAGCCCAGCCCUACCCUCGGCCGGCGGCGCACGCCUGGCCUGUUCGGUGCUGUCCUUCCCAAAGCGAUGCCUUACUGGGUUUGUACUGACUGUGUUCCUUCACCUGAGUGUUGUGUCUGCCUGAUGUUUUUGUUUCCCCACCAAACAAACAGGGCUAAACAGUCAUCCAUUCCUUAGAACUCCUCAAGUCGCCGUGACCUUGCUCAUCCAAGACUCGAGUAUAUGUGGAUGCAUGACCGUGGGAAAAACAAAAAGGAAAACAAAUCCAUUUUUUAGGUUCUUGUCAUCUCCAGCUGACAACCUGACAGGACAAUGACCUUCGUCACCAGUCCAGUGCAUGUGACCCUGCUGGUUCCUUCUGCUGGGUCCUUGCUCACUGCGAUUUUGUGCACCGCGUGUGGUACCCCUUUGAGUUGUUGAUUUCUGCUUUAUAAAGAGAAUCUUUGUUGAACCCCAGUGAGGGUGUUGGGUUUUUGGUUUUUUUGGUUGUUUUUUUUUUUUUUUUUUUUUUUUGCAUUUCUUUUUCUGAAGAUUUCUGACAUUGUAUUCUUAUUUUGAAUAAGACCGAAACUGCCCAAUAUUGCUUGGAAUAACACCCCUGUCUUCCGUUUUUGAAAGGAGCCCCCACUAACUGGUGACCAGAAAACCUCUCCACUGUCCCUGCUUCCAUCUCGGUCAGCUUAAAUGCAGUUCUGCUCAGCCUUCAUGAGUCAUCAGGGUGUGGGUGUGUCUUACUCUGUCUUGGUUUUUAAUAAAACUUUCAACCAUAUAUUUAGCCUGUGACCAAGAGCCAAGCCCUGCGCCUUCCGGUAAGCCUGAAGGGUGGUCCUUCUCAGACGAUGUAUCUCCCAGUGAUGACCUUACACGUUCAUACUGUGAAUUUGGGAGGAAAUGAAACUGACCUCCUCCUCCUCCUCCUC